AUGGAUGCUGAUCGUCUAAAAAAAAAGCUUCAUUGCCACAUUCUCCAAUCUGGGUUUGUUUCAAAUGCCUUGGUCACCAUUGCUCUGAUCAAUUUCUUUUUGAAAUUUGAGUCAGUGAAUGAUGCUCACAAAUUGUUUGUUGAAAUUCCUGAACCAACUGUAGUCUCUUGGAAUUCUUUGAUUUCUGGGUACGUGCAUUCUGGGUAUUUCAGUAAGGCUUUAAGGUUGUUCCUUCAGCUGGAAAGUUACGAGGUUCGUGCGAAUUCGUUCUCAUUCACGGCGGCUUUGGCUGCCUGUGGCCAACUAAGUUUAUUGCAAUUAGGAAAGUCAAUUCACUCCCAGACUGUUAAAUUUGGUGUGGAGUUUAGUAUGGUAGUUUCAAAUUGCUUGAUUGACAUGUAUGGAAAAUGCGGAUCUGUAUUGCAGGCCAUUCGUGUGUUCUCCGAGAUGAUUGAUAAGGAUGUUAUAACUUGGAAUUCGGUGACCGCGACAGCUGCUAGAAAUAGAAGACUUGAAGAAACAGAAGACUGGAAGAUGCAUUCAGAUUUUUCCAUCAAAUGCCAAACCAGGAUACAAUCUCAUACAACGAGCUUAUGA